GUUGCCAAAGGACUAGCUACACAAUGAUAACGAGAAGGUGCAGGUGUUUUCCCCGCGACUGACAUAGUUAUUGGUGCCACAACAGGUCGCAUAAAAUGUCUAACAACUAGCACGAGGGCUCAGCCACCACACGUCACUUAAUUGUGCCAAUGCUAUGUUAAAGCAAGGACUUCCCCUCACACUGAGACUCGUCCACAGCGCGCGCCUUUUCUCCGCCUAGAGUAACGCGCGCCAGUAUUGCGCAGUAACGAGCAUAAUUUCAAAUAUUAAUAUUCUGACUGCUACUGCUUCGUACACUAUCCUACCUAAAGUAUUGCAGUAGGAGACUGCCUAGGAUGUUAGGGUUUAUUCGAAAUGUGCGAACCCGCUGUUGGAUCGAAGAAAAUACCAAAACCGAGGUUGCAACGUCAGCUGGUCUGCCUACACUGCGCCGCUCGCCUCGUGCGCCCCCACCCUUCUCUUCUUCUCGUCCAAGAUGGCGGCCGCCUCGCGGACAGAGCUCGGAGCCAGAGCCUACCCUUCGAUUAGCGAUGAAUGGUGACGCCAGGACUGCAUCGCCAGUCCGCGCCGCCACGGCCGUCAAGAGGCCCCCCUGCGACGACGGCUGCAGCGACGUCGACGAGCGCCAGCCUUCGUCGGCGAGCGGCAGCGGUGGCCCGGCCGCCAACAAGCGGCGCGCAGCCGCCGCGAUCGAGGUGAGUCGCUUUUGGAACGAGCCGACCUCGACGCCGCGGCUGAGCCGUCGCUUCUACGGCGUCGACUGCCAGGUGCUUGCCAAGCGACUUCUGGGCAAGAUCCUAGUGCGCCGACUGGCCGACGGCACGGUGCUCAAGUGCCGCGUCGUCGAGACCGAGUGCUACCUAGGCUGCGACGACCAGGCUUCGCACUCGUACAACGGCCGGCGCACCGAGCGCAACGAGCCCAUGUUCAUGGACCCGGGCACGGCGUACGUGUACGUGGCGUACGGCAUGUAUCACUGCUUCAACAUCUCCAGCGAGGGCGAUGGUGCCGCGGUGUUGCUGCGCAGCGCGGUGCCCCUCCAGGGCGUCGACCUGAUGCGGCGCCUGCGCGGCGCUCGCCGCAAGGAUGCCGGGCGCAAGCUCAAGCUGUUCGAACUGUGUAACGGGCCCUCCAAGCUGUGCCUCGCCAUGAACAUCACCAAGGAUACCCUGAACAAGGAGUUUCUACCCGACAGCCAGGCGCUGUGGCUGGAGCGAGACGGCGAGGAUGACGUGCCGUCAGAGGAGAUCGUCGUUUCGCGCCGGGUCGGCAUCGAAGGCGCAGGCCGUGAGUCGGCGGCCAAACCGCUGCGCUUCUACCUGAGAGACUGCGACUGCGUCAGUGUCAGGGACAGGGUGGCUGAGACACGGGCAGCAGGCGCCGUCGCACAGCAGGAGCAGGUCGUCGCGGCGCUACAGCCGCCCGUCCCCUAGCUGCCGCACAUUUACUAGGACGUGUUUUUUCACGGACCCACGGCGACGAAAUGUGUGGCCAGCAGUGAUCUCCCACACCACCACGCCCCGAUUCGCGUCGCUCCGAUGUAGGUGCUGAUACUUUUUUUUCUAAGUGCGUCCGUGUAUGUAAUGGGUCGUUGAUCGACUGCACGGAAGACGCCGCCGAGAUCGACCGCCUCCGAGCGAACAGAUUGCUUUAGAGAGGACUACACCCCAGCUGCUUUUCCCGUUCGGUUAUUGUUACGGCUCCUACGCCUGCCGGUAAAUUUGUACGCUCACGAAAAACUUCAGAUACAACAACAUCAGUAUCUCUACCUCCGCUUUUAACCAAAUGCCUAGGCAGGCGUCUUUUUGCUUCUUUGAUUUUCCACCCCUGUUGUUGCUACGUUCCGCGAUCCCUCCCCCACAGCCGCCUCUGCGAGUCAACCUUGUUUGUUGUUGUGUGUGUGUGUGUGUGUGCGCGUGUGUGUGUGUGUGUUGCGCAUUGAGCGAGAUCUGCGCAUGCACCUGUCGUCAACUGGUGAAGAAGCCGGUGUUACGCGAUUAGAAAAAUAAAGUGACUCUUGCAUUUGGU